AAGCGCCGUUAUCGUUCCGUUUCGUCACAGCGUCUUCGCUACCUGCUCGUCUCCUGCCUACGCGCGUCGUACACGUCCGCCACACAACCCCCCCACAACCCCUGUAACGUUUUUCCCGCCCUUCUGCGCCCACAGACGCCGCCGUCGCCGCCGCCGUUGGUCAUCAGCGUCUCGAGCGCCGAACGCGGCCGACACGCGCGCGUAUACCGCACGCGCGCUCUCUCACCAAGCGCCGCGAGCACGAGCGCGUUUUUCGCCGGCGGACACACCACGUACACACACCGCACCGGAUAGGCCGAACCCGCAGACGGACCACCGACACUAUUAUAAUAUAAUAUUAUUAUAUAGCGAGUCUGCGAACGAGCCGCAUCGGCACUCAUCGCGACGACACUAUAGCGACCGGUCCGACCCUACCUGACGCGCCGAAUAACAGCACAGAUCGCCGUAUAAAUAUAGGCGAUACGGACGUAUAACAGUAUUUUUAAUAGAUAUAUAAUAUAUCGUAUAACUGUACGCCGUAAUAUCGCCACAUUGCACACAUAGAUUAUCGCAAUAUAUUCGUCGUCGUCGUCGUUACACAUAUCGUUACAUAAGCACCGACGUCGUCAUUUCGCGCGGACCGCAUCACCGACAGACGCCGCGCGACAAUAACACAAUGAUGGUACACUUGACGUUGGUCGCCGGCUUAGUUUUCGGCUUUGUCGCCGCGUCCACCGCCGCCGGCAUCACCGAUGAUAACGCUGAAGGUUUAUCGGCGGUGCCAGCGCCUUGGGAAGACAGUCGUUUGGACGAGAGGAUCUACGCUGACACUCCAAAUUAUCUGACGUUUCAACUGAACAGCAAGAGAUAUUCCGUACCUUAUCACCCGGUGGCCAGAUUGAGGGCCAGUCAAACGGCCGGUGUAGUGUUGCCAUACGCCAUGAUCGCCAAUAGGAACUACGUAAACGACGAUGCAAACCGAUUUGAACCGGUGUGGAAGCCGACUGCUGCCGAGCUAUUGACUGUGUUAAUGAAUCGCCGGAAGAAUACAGACACUGGAAUGGACAACACAAAUUUCAUGCGAUUCGGCAUCAGUAAAAGAACGCGUUUUUAUGAUAAUUAAAGAGCCUUCAGCGCGUGCGCUUCUUAUUCCUGUAACGGCCAUUGUCGGCUAUUAUUAUUAUCAUUAUCAUUAUUCCAAAAUAGUUUUAUUGUUUUGACAUUACAGUUGAGCAGGAGAAAACAAAAAUUAUAAACAAAAUGUCAUAACUCAUA